GAUUCGGCGGCAUAAAAAGGCUUUGCCACCGGCUGGGAAUGCAUCAGUGAUCAGUUAGCCGAGUUAAGAGCGAGUCAGUCGAGCCCCAACUAGCAGCAAUAUGAAAACCGUGAUCUUCGUGCUGGCCGCCAUUGUGGCCGUCAAUGCCCAGAAUACGUGUUCCAGAACGCCCGUGUACACCGAGAAGAUCGAUCCUGUCGUCUGCCCGAAAGCCGGUAUAAAGCUGCCCAACUACGCGAAUGCUUCUACCUUCUACCAAUGUGGCAGCGUGGGAACAAAUGGCACGCUGACCAGCUGCGCCACCGAAAACUACUUCAGCUACGUGAUGCAGACCUGCGGACCCUGCGAUUCGUAUUUGCCCUCCACUAUUUGCUCUGCUCUGCCUUUCAAUGCCACAUGCGUGCCCAUUGAGUCCGCCACAACAGCAGCACCAGCCACCACUGCCUCCACCGCUACCACCGCUACCACCGCCACUGGCUCCACCGCUACCACCACCACUGUCGCACCGUCAGUCAGCACCGCCAGCACUGCCGCACCAACCAGCAACGACACCACGGCUGCCCCAACAACCGAGGCACCUAGCACCACCUCAGCCGUUCCCGAGUCACCCACCGAAGCAUCAGACUCGACCACGGCCGGUGGCAGUGCCGAUGAGGCACCUUCGGGCACCACCAUCUUCAUUCCCCAGCCUCCCUCCCCCGGUGAGAGCGAUGUCCCUACUCCGGUUACGCCCGUGCCCACUGCCCCGAACAUUGAAGUCACUCCCCCAACCGUCCAGAGUGCCCCUGCUUAAUAGAAUUAAAACCACAAUCGUUCAGUACUUCCGCCUUUCCGCAUUUUGGCAUGUAUGUACAUAUGUACCGAUAUUCCCUGAAUAAAGUGUUCGCAGAACAAUGAGCCAAACACAA